ACGCGAAGAAGAGAGAAAGGCGAAACCCUCGAUUCUUCUUCUGUUGCUUCUUGUUCUUGUUCUUCUUCUUCUCUCAUUCUCUUUCGGGGCGAGAAGCCUCUCCCCGAAGGCGAGAAGAGAGCUGACUGAUGGCGCCAAGGCGUGCGGCACGUCGUCGUCGGCGGCGUCGUCCUCCUCCUCCUCCUCGUCCAGGUGCCACUGCUGGACAAAUUCGCAAAGCGGCUGUUAGAGGAGGCGCAGCUAGAAAAAGAGGAGUCGACCUGAACGAAGGCGAUCGAUUGGUUGGCGGACGGGAUCCUCUUGCGAACCCCAUCCCAUCGAGGAGAUUCUCUGCUCGGCUUCUGGCGAAGAAACGACUCGCCGUAUUCGUUGAGCGUCCAGAGGUUGCUGCUGAUUGCAUUGUCACGGAGAAAAAGGAUGGCAGAGAAUCCAGUAGUUUGCAUAGCGAUUCCCCUGAUGACAAGGGAAAUUCCAUGAUUGACUCAAGGAAGAAAACUGGAGCCCAUACCCUCGCUUCAGCUCCUACUGCUCAAAACAAGGAUGACGGUGUCCAUAACAUUGUUGCACUGGAAGUACCGGCUGUUGCGGACUUCGUAGACAAUAUCUAUGACUUUUACAGACAUGCUGAGAAAUGUGGAAGACCUUGUAAAUACAUGGACUUCCAAGCUGACAUCAAUGAAGAGAAGAGAUCUAUGGUGGCUGAUAGGCUGAUUGAAGUGCACCACAGCUUUGGACUAAUGCCCGAGACUUUAUAUCUUACAUUUCAUAUAAUCGAUCAGUACCUAUCAAAGGAAAAAGUGUCGGGAAUGGAGUUGCCACUUGUGGGAAUCAAUGCUCUGCUCAUUGCAUCUAAGUAUGAAGAAUCAAGGUCUCAAACGAACAUAGACUAUGGUGACAUCUUGUGUCAUGCAUAUACCAAGGAACAGAUGCUGGCUAAAGAGAGAGAAAUUAUGAAGACACUCAAAUGGAAACUAUCUGUUCCCACGCAGUAUGUCUUUCUUGUGUGCUUCCUGAAAGCGGCCAUGUGCGAUAAGGAGCUGGAACACAUGGUCUUCUUCUUGGCUGAGCUAGGACUGAUGCAUUACUCCAUGAUCACCUAUUGGCCAUCCUUGGCCGCUGCCUCUGCAGUCUAUGCCGCACGGAGCACCCUCAAAAAGACUCCUCUUUGGACUGAAACGUUAAUGCAUCAGACAGGCUACUCAGAGCAACAGUUGCGGAAAUGUGCCCAGCAAUUGGUGAUCUUUCACUCCUCGGCAGCAGAAAGUACGCUGCAGGCGGUCUACAAGAAAUAUUCGAGCACUAAAUUUGGAGCUGUCGCCUUGCAUCCGCCUGCUACCGAACUGCUAAGGUCGAAGGAGGUCACCUCAUUCAUCAUGACCGAUGAAGAGAGGGGUUGAGAAGAUUCUGGUAGGUAAUCAAUGAUACCAAGGUAUCAUCAUUGGUAUCAGGAGUGUCAUUGUGGCAGAUGCAAAGCAUGAUCAAUAAACCAAUUCAUUAUCCUGUAUAUUAAGAUCAAUUCUUUGCGUUGUUUGAUUAUGUUCUUGUGC